CUUAUAAUAGAGGAUUAAUUAGGAAAUAUAUGGCUAAUGUGGGGACACCAUUAAUGCCAAAUAGGAAAAUUGAUAUAUAUAUUUUUAGUUUGUUUAACGAGAAUGUUAAAAAAGGUAAUGGUUCUGACUUCUGAGAGGAAUUUUGGAUUAUUUAGACCUGAUUUUACUCCAAUAUUUAAUAUUGGAAUCAUGAAGGGAGAGCCACUGCCAGUAUUGCCGCCACAAAAGCCACUUCCAAAACCAGCACAACCACAACCAAGAGACCCAACAAAGCCAGGCCCAAGACUUCCAGCCCAACCACUUCCAAAGCCAGCAGCAUUAUUGGGCAAGAAAUUAUUAACUGUCAUGCCAAAAGUAAAUGCUACAGAUGCACAAUUACAGGCAAAUUUAAAUUGGGCUUGUCAUAAUCAAGGUGUGAAUCGUGGCCCAGUUCAAGUUGGAGGCCCAUGUUUUAGCCCAAAUACUGUUAGGUCUCAUGCAGCCUUUGUUAUGAAUUCUUAUUAUCAAAUUAAGGGACGUGAUGACUUCAACUGUGAUUUUUUGGGCUCUGGUGUCAUCAUCUUUGCUGAUCCAAGUUAUGGUACAUGCAAGUACCUAUCUUGAGUUUUAUGGCCAGCAAAGAAAAAUUUGCAGCUACUACAACAUUUGAAGGAUUAAUUUUGACACAUUGAGUUAAAAGGGAUUUUUAUUUUUAUUUUUGACACAUUGAGAUUUUGUUUUCAUGUAUCAUAUAGGAGUAGUAUGUACUUUGGUUUUUACAAAUUAAUCUAAUUGCAUUCAUGUGUAAUAUAUGUAUUUGUUGCUAAGUGUGGAA